AUGUCUUACUCAUUCAUCGAUCACGUAGGCCAGGGGCAACGGCUUGGUCUGAUGGCCAUGGUGCUCUUCGCAGCGUUGGUGUUGCGCUUCGCGAUGAAGUUGUCUCAAGCCCGAAUGAAAUUUAGGAGACUUCGGUCCCAGCACAUAUUCUACCGAGAUUGGGCCUUCGACGCGAACUUCAUCCAGACCUUUGGCUUCUACAUGAGUAAAUACUGGAUGAAAUUUUUUCCCGGCGAGAAAGAAUGCCCCCCAGUAAUAUACGUCGAUGUGUGGCCGAUAUCACGGCCCAUGGCAUUUUCCUUGAAAGCCUACGUAUCUAAUCAAAUGGAGAUUGGGAGCAGCCUGCCAAAAUCUCCCAUGCAAGGAGUCUUUUUGGAUCCCAUCACAAGCGGGAAGGACCUCAACUGCAUGCAUGGUGAGUGGCGCAUGUGGCGCUCGAGAUUCAACCCGGGAUUCAGUCGAGGUAACAUCCGGACCUGGAUCCCGGCUGUCCUGGAGGAGAUUGAAGCCUUCGCCCAUGCACUCAGAAACCUGUCUGGUGGGACCGGUGAAUGGGGUCAGGUAUUCCCCAUGGAGCAGAUAUCCAGUAAUCUCGCUUUCGAUGUCACGGGGAGGGUAGUUCUUAACACUCGCUUGAACUCUCAAUCGCCAUAUCCCUCACCCUUUACCCUCGCCUUUCGAGAGCAACUAGCUCGCAUGGAAGUAACUCUAAGCCCUCGCAAGCUCCUGUGGAGGGCGACUCCAUGGUUUAAACUCGUGAGAGCAUUGGCGGGUUACCCCAGGCCCACGCACGAUAAUCCGGUCGGCAGUGGAGGAAUACUCCAGAGAGCUUGCAACCAGUUGAUGAUAUUCUUCUUUGGUGGUGAUGAUGCGCUAUCCAUCACAAUUCCUCGUAUCUUCAGACAACUGCAAUUGAAUCAGGAAUGCGUGGCCAAGUUGCAGGCUGAACAUGACGCAGUGCUGGGCUCCGAUCCAAGCCUAGCUGCUGUUAAGGUCCGGGAAGCACCCCAUAUCCUGGAUUCACUACCGUAUACCUUGGGUGUUAUUAAGGAGACCCUGCGCAUGAACCCCGCUACCAUCACCGUCCGGGAAGGCUUGCCUUCCUUCAACUUUCGGAUUGAUGGUGCAGACGAGCCAUGGCCGACAGAUGGCUUUGACCUUUUCGAUAGCUCCAUCUCCAUUCAUCACGAUCCAGAGGUCUUCCCUGAUCCCGACAAGUUCAUCCCAGAACGGUUCCUGGUCCCAAAGAGUGAUGCAUUGCAUCCAGCCAAGAACAUGUGGCGUGGGUUUCAACUUGGGCCUCGAGAAUGUAUCGGGCAGGAACUGGCCAUCGUUGUGCUAAAGCUCGUCUUAGUAUUCACUGUCCGAACAUUUCAUGUUGAAAUGGCCUGGGACGAAUGGGAUGAAUUGCGAGAGCUGCAGGGGCAACAUCACACGCCAAAGAUGGUGCUCCGAUGCACGUCAGAAUACGGAUCUCAUCCGACAGUCAAAGCAAUCAAAAGCAAUCAAAUACCGAGAGCAUUGACCUCAUGCUACACGGAGAUGAAGAGUAGAGUAUGCGCUGCGUAUGACACUCAUAACCGAGCUGGCUUCUUCAAACGUCGCGCCCUCCGUCACGACUUCUAUAUGGGGUUCAAGUUUGCUCACCUAUGCGAUCUACUAUCAUCCCUCGAGAGCAACAGGCUCGUGAAAGCUGCUCAUGAGGCCAAAGCCAUCAAUUCCGAUGCUCGGGCCGUGACUCGAUGGUUCGCCCAGUAUGACAAGCAAAUCCGUGAUAACACUACCGACCAAUUGGCCCUUCUUUCCUGCAUGUUUCCAGAGAAACGGACGGACCGCGUCUAUUGGCUACAAGCGACAAAGUUAGAGAAAGUAAUAGCUCGGUGCCUGCUCCUGGGAAGUUCCCGGCGUCAGGAGCUCGAGCGCUGGUGCGUCUCGGGGGGGAUAGAUCUAGGACAAGCCGUGGAGAAUGUCAUGCGACAGGCCGAGAAUCAUGUCAUCAGUGGGCAAGAAGUCACUGUGGAAGAGAUCGAUUAUGCCCUGAAAAGGAUUGCUUCUCGUUGCAAGUUCUCCGGUCCUCAGGUGCGAAGACAGCGUACGGCUGUUAAUGUGGAUGAGGAGCUAUCGUCACUAUAUCGACGACUGAGUAGCAGGGAAGCCAAAUGGCUCACACGAAUGAUACUAAAAAGUUACUUCCCUGUCAUUCUACCGAUGAAGUUGACUAUGAGAAGCGUCCAUUUUCUACUUCCGCAUCUACUUCUGUUCCAGGAUUCCUUUGAGAGUGCUUUGAGCAUGCUCACCUCUGGCCCUAUGAGCCAUUUUCCUCCACACCCGGAACCUGAUCUAGCCCAAGAUCUGGGACUCAUCGCCUUGCGGUAUCUCAGUCCGGAUGUCGGAGUGAAGAUAGGACGCCCGGACUACUAUAAGGCUAGGAGCAUCAAACAUUGCUGUCGCAUGAUUGGCAACCGCCGUAUGAGUAUAGAAAGAAAAUAUGACGGUGAAUACUGCCAGAUACAUAUCGACCUUUCCAAGCGUCUGAAUCCCAUUCAGAUAUUCUCCAAGAGUGGCAAAGAUUCAACUGAGGACCGGGCCGGCAUCCAUCAAGUCGUCAGCGAUUCCUUGAAACUAGGAAUGCCCGGUUGCAAAAUCUCCCGUCGAUGCAUUCUAGAAGGUGAAUUGCUUGUCUGGAGUGAUAAACACGGCAAUAUCGUGGAUUUCCACAAGCUGCGUAGAUUUAUAUCUCGAUCGGGCACUUUCAUCGGUAUCGGAAGCGAUUCCCCGCCACAGCCGUAUGAACACUUGAUGAUAGUGUUUUUUGACAUCCUACUCGUCGAUGACAACGAUAUCAUACAAGCUAUUCCUGGACGCGCUGAUAUCUCUGAACAAUGGGUCUUGGACUUCUCGCGUUAUGAGAGCCAGUCACGACUGGAGAGUAUUUUUCAGAAAGGCAUAUAUCAGCGAUGGGAGGGAUUUGUGCUGAAAGGAUGCGAAGACCCCUACUUUACAAUAUUUCCCCGCGAAGUGAGCAAUUCCUCCGGCCAUUGGAUCAAGUUAAAGAAGGACUAUAUACCAGGACUGGGCGAUACCGUGGAUCUUGCAAUUAUUGGUGCGAGGUAUGACUCUCAGGAUGCCAUGGUGCUCCAGCGAGUCAAGAAACUGUUAUGGACAGAAUUCUUUAUCGGGUGCCUUGUCAACAAAGAAGAUGUUGUGCAGUUUGGUGUCACGCCCAAAUUUCGGUUAUUGGAUGUCAUCAACCACAACUGCAUGAAUAUCAAGCAUAUGCAGAUCCUCAGUCAAUUUGGAGAAUUCUCCGCUUGCAACACAGACUCGGGACAUGGCUUCAUGCUUGAGUACGGGGAGAGUAUCAGCACAAGCCUGGAUGUCGUCUUCAAGAACCCCUUCGUUGUUGAGAUGUUAGGCAGCGGCUUUGAGAAGCCAUCAGGUGCCAGAUAUUUUGCACUUCGCUUUCCAAGGAUUAUCAAGAUCCAUUGGGAUCGAUCAUUUGAGGAUGCAGCCGAGGACCCCGAUGACCUGGAGUACGAUUCCGCCAAACGGUUGAAGCAGGGAAAUCCUGCAUCAGACUAUGGUACGGAUAAUUCACAGAGCCUUGAGACCACAGAAAGCUCUCUUACUAGGGCUAGUGAAAAUCAGACUAGCGAGGUAUCCAUACCCCUUUCGAACCUUGCAUCGGCCUCUCAUGGCUCCUUGUGUGAUCCAACAAGACAGCGACAGCCAAAACGUCGUCAUGAAACCAGCGCCAUGCAACGUGUCAUUCCCAUUCAUAGGGACCCAAGUGGAGACUCAUCACCAUCACCACCACCACCUAUGGAUUACAAUGUGCAUGGCCAGUACUUGACGGACAAUGAGAAUCUGUCUUCCCAUACAACAGGCCAAAGGAAGAACUCGGCCCACAUAACCGAAUCUUCUCACAAAGUGAAGGCUUCCCGAGAACGUCAAGGGUUUGAGGCCCCCAGUGAUCCACUCAAAUCUACAGAAGCCAAUCUGUCCCGAGGAUAUCCCAACCACAUCCCUACUGGGAGUCAAAAACCAGGAAAACGCCUUCAGUCACCACUGAAGCAAAUCCCUAUAUACGUCCACCACUUCUCUCCAAACGAAAACCUCACUCCCCUUCCUAUCCCAGCUACAUGGCGAACAUCGUCUACUCUCAACCCCUUCCUCCGCACAUUACUCUCCCAAUACUCUCAAUCUCUCCUCAAGACAUCGAACCCUCACGCCGCCUCCCAAAACACAGUCUACGGCCUGAUCAUUCUACCCAGCAAGCAAAACGCUCUCGGAACAGUCCUUCCCGACCUCAGAAGAGGGCUAUCCAAAACCCUACAACCUUACCACCCCGCCAAUCCCCAAACCGGGAAGAUCUUCAUCCUCGACUCGAACCUCCUCAGCCUCACCACCACAACUCACAACGACACGCGGUUCUGCCUUCGCCAGACCUGGGAAAACAUCAGUAAGGAAUCCUUCUUUGCUUGUGUCAAAUGGAGCUUCAAAGGCCCUCCGUGA